GGACGGGCUAUUGUGGCUGGCAUUGAAACGAUGGAAGUCUACACAGCACUCUGUUUGGUGACUCUACUAGUUGCCCUCCUUUCAAAAGGUAAGAGACGAGAUUCCCAUUAUUCCACUUCUUUCCUUCUAUUGACUGGUGACUGGAGUCAAGGAGUUGGUCAGGUUAUGGAAUGGUGUUGGUGGUGGGUGAUAUGGGCCGUAUUGACUAUUUAUUGAAUACAGGCAUAGCCAAUAAAGACAGUCAAAGUAGGAUGUCAUGUGCCUUGUGACACAGGAGAGACCUGUUAGACUGUUUUGGGCCUUGAGGGUGGUCCUGUGCCUAAUUUAAGGCAGAAUGUUUACAUUUGUCAAAUAUUUGUUUAACAAGCGUAUGUAUGUAUGUAUGUUGUGUGAGCUAGGUAUAAUGUGUGUCCUUACAUUUAUCCGUCUAAAGCGGAGCAUCAUGGCAACAUAACAUAACUUCAUUACACUGCAAAAGGGACAGUGUGUGUAUAGGGUUUGUGGACCAGUUGAAGUUAUACAUCUAAUUUCAAAACAGUAAAGAAAGGGAAGGGGGGUUCGAGCCCAAGUUGUGUCACAGCCGGCCAUGACCGGGAGCUCCCAAGGGCAGCGAACAAUUGGCCCAGCGUCGUUCGGGCUAGGGGAGGGUAUAGGCCGGCUGGGGUUUCCUUGAACCAUGUUUGCCUCCGACACAUUGGUUCCCAAUAGAUAGCACAGCCACAAAGUCAAAAUUGUCUAUAUCGUAAAAAAAACAAAAAUGAACUUUUUGGGUUCUAAUUUAAUCUUAGGGUUAAGGUUUGAAAUUGUAGAAAUAGGCAGGGUUUAUGACUUUGUGGCUGUGUUAACUAGUGACGACCCGACAUAUUGGGGCGGCUGACUUCUGGGUUAGCGAGCAGUGUCGAUAAGAAGCAGCGCGCCUUGGCGGGGAUGUCUCGGAGGAUGCCCGUUGGAGAGUUGUUGCAUUGAGACAAGGUCGUAAAUACAAAAUUGGAUAACAAGAAAAUGGGGUAAAAUUUGCUAAAAAUUACAAACACAAUUACAGGGAAGGGGACAGCAUAAAACAAUUUAUGAGAUGAAAGGUGAAUCGCACACGUGACUUGGUAACCAUAAUUAACACAGAUGACUUCCCUCUUGGCCAGUGGCCUAAUUUAUAAACGUUUCAUAAUGUCACAUUAAUAUCUGCGUACGCCAUUUCAUAAAACUGUGCGCAGGACUUCUGCUGUAUUUGGCAAAGGACUGUGAUUGUUUCUAAAAGGAAAAAAACACGACAAAUUGUUGUGGACCUGUUAGCAGAAGGUUUUAAUUCAACAAUGUUUUGUAUUGCAUUUUCCCUUCAAUGUAAAUAUGCUGCACAGCCUGCCAAUUCAGAAUGAUUGUCUACUCAAGAAAUUGGAAAUAGAGUAGGCUAUGUCAAUGGAAAAUGUCUGUUCCAUUAAAUGAUAUUGUAAACCGCGCUCCGGAUCUCAGACCAAAUACUUGAAAUAGCUUAUCUAAUAACAGAUCUGACGAAUGGUAUUCUAAACCAUCACAGUUAGAAAAGCAAUGACUAUGGAAAUAAAUAAUCCUAUUUUUAAUUAGUUCAGAUUAUCAAAGAUAAAAUAAACAGAUUUUUGCUCUUCUCAUUAACGGCCUGCUUGCAAUGCAAUACUUCAACCACUAGAAAUUGUGUUCUAAAGUUUACGUGGAGGUAAGCACAUUUUCACCUCAAGUUCAGUUUUUCUAAAUGCCAAUGUUUUAAUGAAAACUGGCUUGUGCAUGUUUUGGGGUAUAUUUUGUAGGUAUGCAAUGUUUAUAAAUGAGGCCCCAGGUCUCCCUCAAAAGUGCCCAAGAUAAAUACAUUUUAGUCAUUUAGCAGACGCUCUUAUCCAGAGCGACUUACAGUUAGUGAAUACAUAUUUUUUUAUACUGGCCCUCCGUGGGAAUCGAACCCACAACCCUGGCAUUGCAAACGCCAUGCUCUAUCAACUGAGCUACAUCCCUGCCAGCCAUUCCCUCCCCUACCCUGGGCCAAUUGUGCGCCGCCCAUGAGUCUCCCGGUCACUGCCGGCUGCGACAGAGCCUGGAUUCGAACCAGGAUCUCUAGUGGCACAGUUAGCACUGCGAUGCAGUGCCUUAGACCACUGCGCCACUCAGGAGCUCAAUAUAAAGGUUCAAUAUAAAGGUUCAAUAAAAUAAAGGUUCAAUACAAAAAUUUCCCCCUGUAAAACAUUUAAAAAGCAUCAAAAUUCCUCAUUCAAGUAAUGAGACUCAUUAAACUACAAUCUGCCAUUAAGUAAUGAGAGAGAGAGAGAGAGAGAGCUCACUUUGAUGAUAGCAUGGCAUGACAACAACUGAUGACAGCAUAAAGGAGAUGAGCAAUUCCUGAAAUAGAAAAGACCACAGGCAAUGUUCCUAUGCAUGUGAUGUGUAUACCUUUAUACAAACUAGGCAGCCAGACAAAUUCACUUUUUUUUUGCAUGAGAAUUUGCAUUUGUGAACAGCUUGAGAAAAAAAGCUAAAGCACUUUCAAGAAGAGACGUCUCCAUUCUAAAUAAAUACAUAUUUUUUAAUUGACACAUGCACCACAUUUGCGGCCUGUAUGACUGUGUUUGUUCUUAGAUCUAAUACGUCUGUAAAGCCAGUAUCGAUGCACCUGUAAAAUGAUUGACACUUGGUCUUCCUGUUUGUGCCACUGGACCUGAUGUGAAAAAGACAUACCUUAAUUAGGCCUAUCAGUCUUUCACUGACGUGCGUGUGCGUGUGUGUGUGUGUGUGUGUGUGUGUGUGUGUGUGUGUGUGUGUGUGUGUGUGUGUGUGUGUGUGUGUGUGUGUGUGUGUGUGAGUGAGUGAGUGCGUGCCUUCUGAAAUGUUUGGAGAGUUGAGCAAGACCAAUGAAUGGCUUUUUAACACUAGUUCAAUGAGCAUGUAAAGGAAAUGUUGUGCCUUCGGCUGACAAUGACAUAUUCCAUCUUAGUGGAAACUUGUGUCACCAAUGCAAUGCUUGUCUGUCCUUGUCUUAAGUGAGAGUACAGGGAGGAAAUUGAGGUUCCAAAGUCUAUGAACAUUGGUGGUGACUGGCAAGUUGUGUUUGUCCUCACACAAAACAGUUGGAUGGAAUAGAAUCUUUGGUAUGUUCAUUAUGUAAUGCAAUGAACUUGUAGAAACAUAUCUCAAGUCUGAUUUGUCUGUUUGCCUCUUUAUGUGUUGUAUACAUUCAUUACAAAAUAUGACCUGAUUUUAAUUUAGUGGGUGGAGACUGAAUGUGAAGCCAGCCAACCUGACAGUCACACCCACAGAGCACCCAGAAGUAAGGUGCUCCUUUAGCUGCACUGGUCUGAAAAGACAGAGUAGGUGAAAGUGUUAGUAUGACAGACGUUUAGCAGUUGGCUUAAUUUCACCUUUUAGAUGACUACAAAUAAGUAGGUAAGGAGAGGAAGCCUCUUUAAACCAUUGAUUUGUCACAUACUGAGAAGAUUCAAAACAAUAGUGGAGGCAAGAGAAGGGUGAUUGGGGGAUCUAUCCUUUUUAGUCUUAUCAAUCACAUUUUUUCAAUCAAUCAAAUUAGAUUUAGAAAGCCCUUUUUACAUCAGCCGAUGUCACAAAGUGCUAUACAGAAACCCAGCCUAAAACCCCAAACAGCAAGCAAUGCAGAUGUAGAAGCAAUGCAUUAUAAAACGCUACCAAGUAUUCUUUCAUGUGAAAUCCCCUUACAGUCCUACAGUACGGAUUACUGUUUGUUGUGACCACAUUGCUUCCUUUAUAGGAUGAUUGUGCAUUUUUUCUUGUUAUCUUUUGUUUAGAGAUUUUGUUUCCUGGUGAGCCUGUUUUUCUUUAAUCUAAAGAUAUAGUAUAUAUUUAAUCAUCCUCUUUAUCUUACUCAUAAGGCUUUGGUCCACAAAUUAUAUUUAUUUAGUAUUAGUUCAUUAGUAUUAGUAUACAAUAUAAAAAUGUCUUAGUAAUUCUGAGAGUAAUCUAUUCUCAUAGGUUGUUUUAAUAGGUAAUGUGCUAAUUAGUGUUAAACAUACAUUCUGGAUAAUGUUAAGUGCACAGUAGCAUUAGGUAACACACACAGUGAUGAAACUAGUUUUGACAGAUGGCGUUUGGCUUAACAAUCCACAGACUCAUAACAAGAAAACAGUUUGACAGAGUUUGUUCACAGGAAAACUCUGUAGGGACACUAAAUACACACAUACUGUACAGUACCGUCAGAAAACACAAUAAUCAUUCACAGCCAGCCACCUAGCCAGCCAGACAGACAGAGCUUCGUGACUGUAUGUAGCUACUAUAAAACCAAUGGAGUGCAAAGAGUUAUGAAUUACAUGUUUGCCCACAGUGUGCCAAAACCAAACUGUUCAACUGUUUUCUGCUUCUCCUGUUUUACAGGGUCUCACUCUCAGUUGGAUGGUAAGUCCCCUCGUUUUUCAAUCAAAUGUCCGUUCUUUUCCUAAUUGAACGACAUAACCAUGCACCUAUUCACUGACUGUGAGCUUCCAAUCUCUUCACUUCCUGUGUGUGCUCUGUUGUAAUCCCUUGUCCAUCUGUGUCUUUGUUAGUGUGUGGAAUCUCUCCUCUCAACACUAGGAUCGUGGGGGGUCAGGAUGCUCCUCCAGGGAGUUGGCCAUGGCAGGUCAGUCUGCAGAUAUCUGGCAGACAUUUUUGUGGGGGAUCCCUUAUCAACAAAGAGUGGGUGCUGACUGCUGCUCACUGCUUUCCCAGGUGAGGACCCAUAAAAAACACAGGGCUCAAUUCAAUCAAAUCCGUAUUGUAGUAUUUCCACAAACUGUCACAAAGUAGGAAUAAUAAUAUAUAUUUAGAUUGUCAUGUGAUCACAUAAAACCACUAAAUAGUUUUUGGGACAGUAAAAAUACUUUGUAAACAGACUUUCCUCCCCAUGUUUUAAUUUACCAAACAAAAUGAGAUGUGGGAAGUAAAGGGAAGAAGUUCGUAAUUACGAUAAUACUCAAAUAUUGCUGAGGUGGGUGCUACCGGCCCUUCAAACAUUUAAUACACUUCUAACUUGAAACUCUUUUUCUCAGCACCAGUACAUCAAAUUUGGUGGUCUCCUUGGGUCGUCAGAGCCAGCAGGGCUCCAACCCCAACGAGGUAAGCAAGACGGUCGCUCAGAUCAUCCGCCACCCCAACUACCUCAGUAGUACCAGUGACAACGACAUGUGUCUGCUGAAGCUCUCCUCCCCCGUGACUUUUACCAACUACAUCCAGCCAGUCUGCCUGGCAGCACCAGGCAGCUCCUUCUAUGCUGGCACUACUAGCUGGGUCACCGGCUGGGGCACCACCAGCAGUGGAGGAUGUGAGUACACAGAUAUAGCUUGCUUUAAGUACUACUGAUGAUGGAUCAGAAUUCUGAGAGAUAUUGUCUUGUGUAUGGGUUGAAUGUGUCUCCUCAGUGUCCCUGCCCUCACCACAGACUAGAGCUGGACGAUAUGGCGAAAAAUGUAUAUUGCGAUAAAUUGCCUGAAUUGAUGCGAUAACGAUGAAUGGCACAAUACGUUUAUAACAUUCAUUACAACACAGUAUUUUUUAUUACCCUUUAAACUACUACUACUAGUUUGAUUGUUGUAGCCAUCAAUUUUCCCAUUAACAAUCACCCAUAUCAGCAAACGUAUUUCAUUUCAAAUUUCUCUAGCAUAGGCUACUUAUCUUAAUGAAUAAUAUCAGCAAUGCCUGUAAGUGGUUGGUAUGGCCGGUGUCGAUAAUUUUCCGUUUAUCAUCCCAGCUCUACCACAGACCCUACAGGAGGUGAAUGUACCAGUAGUGGGAAACAGGCAGUGUAACUGUAACUAUGGAGUUGGCUCCAUCACUGACAACAUGAUCUGUGCUGGUUUAGCAGCAGGAGGAAAGGAUUCCUGUCAGGUAAAAUGCCUUUUUGUUAACUAAUGUAAAGCAUACUGUGUCCAUAAUAAGUAUAUAGGUUAUAGGUUGAGAGCUUUUGUGAAAGAGCACAGUUAGAAAAAUAUGGCAUAUAGAAGCAAACCAGAUGGACAUCAUGAAAAUGAUCGGAGGAAGUUCAGGAGUAAAAAAUAAAUAAUAUUAUAAUUAUUGUAAAAUUUGACUGUGUCCAAAAAAUGUAUGUAGAGGCCUAAGCAUUGUUGUUGGAAAGUAAUGAAGGGAAAUAUGAUUUUAAAAAGGAUAUGUAUGUGUGUGUAUAUAUAUAUAUAUAUAUAUAUAUAUAUAUAUAUACGAGAAAAAAACAUAUGGGGGAUUGGAAGUGAUGCAGACAAUUACAUUGAUGGAAGUUACAAUCUAUCUGCAAUAUUAAAGCUGAUCUACCCCCUAAAAAAAUAUAUCAUUUUUGUUUAUUACAGUGUCGGUCAAUUACACAUUGGACCAAUUCUCCAGACACAGGUUAUACCUAAUCCUAGACUAAAAAGCAUUUUCAAUAGAGAUUCCCUAUUGAAAAUGCUUCUUCGUCUGAGACUAGGCUUCAUCUUGGAAACCGACCCAUUAUAUUUUAUAAUCCUGUGAAAAUUCAAUCUCAGUGACACUGUAAAUCUGUCUAUGCAUAGGGGGACUCAGGAGGUCCGAUGGUGAGCAAACAGGGUACUCGCUGGAUCCAGUCUGGCGUUGUGAGCUUUGGCCAUGGCUGUGCUCUGGCAAAUUUACCAGGUGUGUACGCCAGAGUUUCCCUGUUCCAGACCUGGAUCAACAGCCAGAUCACCAGUAACCAGCCAGGCUUCGUCACCUUCUCCUCCAAUGGGACUGACUCUGACCUCAGAGUCACCUGCGCUGGUCUGCCAUCAGUCGGAACCACCACCACCCCUACUACCACACCUGCACGUACGCACCUAUAGUCUAACUUGUGCAUAUGGCUAAACCUUGAUGUGAAUCUCUCUACCUCUGUAACAAAUCUGACUACUGGAUUACUCCCUUUUAUCUGUCUCUCCCUCUGCAGCUGUGGUGUGUGGCAGCGCCAGCGCCUCUUUGAACUCCCGUAUUGGUGGGGGAAGCUUGUUGGCGACAGCAGGCACCUGGCCCUGGAUAGCCAGCCUACGGAAGAACGGAGCACACGUCUGCGGGGGCACGUUAGUGGCGGUGGACUCUGUCAUGAGCGACGCUAGCUGCUUCUCCAGGUAAGUUAACUCUACCUGUAUGUGAAAGGGGAGAGCAAGUAGUUAAAUUCUGGAUUAAAAUGUCAGUCCUUACAUGAUUCUAAGGAAAUCUAGUCAUAUAACCUAUUUUUAGAUUUUUCAAGGUGCCAUUACAUUAACAUUUAAUGACGCUUUCCUUUUCAAGACUCAUGCAAAAGGUUAACCAAGGUUAAUUAGUCCGACGUAGGACAUUCGUACAAUCAUUGUGCUAGUGAAAAUCCUUUUAGGGAUAGCUGUGCAAAAACACCAUCCAUGUUUUACACAACCAGUGCUGCAGAAUCAUGGCCAUGGUGUAAUCAUCAUGUCAAUCAGUGUCUGGAUGUGACUGCAUGGGGCCAACUGCGCGACGGACCUCCGUUUGCGUCACUCUCUGCAUGGUUCUAUGUACUGAAUUUUUGGAACGGUCUGUAUACAAUGCUCUGUCGCUCUGUCGCUCUGUCUGUAGUAUUUACUGUAGUGUACCAAAGGGGAGAGCCAUCAGCCAACAUCUCUCCCAAACUACUGUACAAUUCUGGUUUUACCAUCCUGAUCAGCUGGACAGUUUAAAGUGUUGAUACCUUCAUAGAUACAUAUAUACUGAACAAAAAUAUAAAUGCAAAAUUUUACUGAGUUACAGUUCAUAUAAGAAAAUUAGUCAAUUGAAAUGAAUAAAUUAGGCCUUAAUCUAUGGAUUUCACAUGACUGGGCAGGGCCACAGCCAUGGGUGGGCCUAAGAGGGCAUAUGCCUACUUGGGAGCCAAGCCCACCCACUGGGGAGCCAGACCCAGCCAAUCAGAAUGACAUUUUCCCCACAAAAGGGCUUUAUUACAGACAGAAAUACUCCUCCGUUUCAUCAGCUGUCCAGGUGGCUAGUCUCAGACGAUCCCGCAGGUGAAGAAGCCAGAUGUGGAGGUCCUGGGCUGGCGUGGUUACACAUGGUCUGCAGUUAUGAGGCCGAUUGGACGUACUGCCAAAUUCUCUAAAACGAUGGCUUAUGGUAGAGAAAUUAACAUUCAAUUAUCUGGCUACAGCUCUGGUGGACAUUCCUGCAGUAAGUGUGCCAAUUGCACGCUCCCUCAACUUGAGACAUCUGAGGCAUUGGGUUGUGUGACAAAACUGCACAUUUUAGAGUGCCCUGUUCCCAGCACAAGUUGCACCUGUGUAAUGAUCAUGCUGAUCAGCAUCUUGAUAUGCCACACCUGUCAGGUGGAUGGAUUAUCUUGGCAAAGGAGAAAUGCUCACUAACAGGGAUGUAAACAAAGAUGUGCACAACAUUUGAAAGAAAUACGCUUUUUGUGCGAAUGGAACAUUUCUGGGAUCUUUUAUUUCAGCUCAUGAAACAUGGGACCAACACUUUACGUGUUGCGUUUAUAUUUAUGUUCAGUAUACAUAACCCAUACAUAUCACAUUCAUAAGCAGUGUAUAUUAAGUUAAUAAAUACUUAUGUCAACAACUGCAAGUAAGAAAAUAUGAACUUGCUACAAUCAUUAAUUGUAUUCAAAAUGAUGACAACGUUCAUACUAAAGUUAGAUGCACUAUGCAGAAAUCGUGCCGCCAUUUGCCUAAUUUCAGUUUAUGUGACAAAACAAGCAAUCAUUGUGUAGACAAUCAUUGUACCAUCUAAACCACUGUGAAAUAUAUUUUCCAUAACCAAAAAUAUUGUAUUUUCAGCUGUUUGAGGCUGGUGUACAAAACUGAAAGUAAAAGAUGCAAAAACAAAACUUCAGAAUGGGAAGCAUAGAAAUAGCACACAUACAACAGAUCUACAGCUUGCUUUCAACGGGAAUGAAAGAUCUAUAACUCACAUUUCUAUGCGAAUUUGGUCGGGGUGGCCCAAAAAGUUAGAUAUUGUAUGACGGGUGCCUACCUAGGGAGUAACACAUUCUUCAUAAAACAUCCAUAACCCCUACAUAUCGCAUUCAUAAGCAGUACAUAAGCAUUUCAUAAGACAGCAAUCAGAAUGAAGAAUUUAGUGUCCCUCACUAAACAGACACAACUCAUUCCAUCUCUCAAGCCAGCCCAACGUCUCUCAGUGGACCGUGAUCCUGGGCCGUCUGAAGCAAAACGGCUCCAACCCUAACGAGGUAACCCUGAAUGUCCUCAACAUCACCAUGAGCAACCUGACGGGCAACAACGUGGCCAUCCUCCUACUGGCCAGCAAACCCAAGUUGUCUAACUAUAUCCAGCCUAUCUGUGUGGACCAGGGAAUCAGCACCUUCAGCACAGGGACUAAGUGCUGGGUGGCUGGCUGGGGCACGGGCCAGGGUGGGGGUAAGUGGAUGGACAACUGUCUGUGUGUUUGUGAGAAAUGUGCCUGUUCAGGAACAACCUCUAUAGCGCCUAGACACUUGUGUACAUCUGAAAGAAUUGGAAAAGCAAUGGUAGGACUGUAGGUCCACCUUUCCUCUGAUAGGAUAGGUGGGAUUUUCACCAUAUUGCUUACACUCUAUCCAGGCCUCUCAGAUGUACACAAAUGCCUAGGGUAGGGGCUGGCUAGGGAUUGUUUCCGAAAAGAUACGACCUUAGGAGUAUGGGUGGAUGUGUGUGUGUGUGUAUUGGUAUGAUAAGUAAUACACUCUCUCUCUCUCUGUCCUCAGCUGAGCAAGUCCUGCAGGAGUUCCAGACCUCUGUGGUGGACUGCGUGAAUGUUUCAUCUUCGGACAACAUUUGCACCGGAACUGUGACACUACUGCAGGUAUGGUACAGUUGAUCUAUUAAUCUGUCCCGUCUUACUAUUUUGCUUGCAUCAUGUUAUUAUAAGCACAUAACAGUAUAACCAUAUUAACCCAUGCGUCUCUCCCCAUAGGGUGAUGUUGGUGGUCCUCUGAUGUGUAAGCAGGGCAACUCGUGGUUUCAGACUGCUGUGUUGACUGUCGACAGCAGCAGCAGCAGCAACACCACUAGCAGC